AUGGAAGUAUCAGAAAGCAGUAAUGACUGCUCAAAUGAUUUACUUCUUCUUGAUCGGGUUUUCUUAAGGCUAGGUAACGCUGACACAGAUGAACAGCUAGAAAGUUGCCUUAACAGAUUUUUGCCUCCUGUAAUUCUUAAGCUAUCUUCGCCUUUUGAACAGGUUCGCACUAAAGUAAUGGAGUUGUUAGUGCAUGUAAAUAAGCGAGUGAAGUGUCGUGCUGAUGUCCAGCUACCUGUGGAAACCUUAUUGCAGCUAUAUAGGGACCCUACUGCCAAUAGCUUUAUUAUUAAUUUUACUAUCAUAUACAUAACAAUGGGAUUUCCAAGAUUACCCCGUGACAAGCAACUAACUUUGGGACCGUCCUUGUUAGAGGCUAUUGAAAACAGACCUCAAGGGCACCAGGAUGGGAUCUUAAUGCUUCUGAUGCCACUAUUGGGUGAUAUAAAAGAAAAGGAUCUAAAUUUAAAAGAAAAACCCAAAGUAUCUUCUUUAAUAUUGAAGUUUUCUUUGGAUGUGCUACUUUUACCCUACAGAGCUCUGCCCAAUUCUGGUGAAAGUGAAUUUCAGGUUCCGCCUGGCAUGAGCAUGAAGACUUACAAAAGGAUUGUGGAUAAACAUCAAUUAAAUCCUAAUCAGCUGGAAGAGAUGAAGCUGUCCAUAGUAAAUUUCAUUAGCAAAGAUAUAUUCAAUAUGAAUGACAUACUAUUGACGUUAAUUGUAGCUGCGGCUGAUUCGCGCUUUAGUGUUGCCAAUCAUGCAAACAGCCCUCUAAUAAGAGUUAACAGCUCUGUGGAUUGGUCACAGCCGAGCGUAGUUGGACCCCUUUACUCUCUGUACUUGGGAACUUGGGGUGGUUUAAAGGUGCCUCCAGAUGACCGCAAGGUACCUGCCUGUACCAGACUGCGUUUGAAGUUGAUUCAAUAUCUGAACAAAGCUACAGGUCCAGCAAUCAUGUUCCCCCACUGUGUACAGGUUGUAUUCUCGUCGCUUUUUGAUCCAAACACAAACUCCCGUCUGCGUAACAUGGCUUUGAUGUUUUUAUUGAAUGUCAUCAACAACGGCGAUCUGGUGCAGCUGAAGAAGGUGGCAACGGUGUUCCUUCAGGGCUUGCUGAAACUAGUCAGGUCCGAGGAGUACACUGAACAGCAUUCCAAGGCUUACAUGUGUUUAGGGCGUCUGGCGGUGAAAUGUCCGGAGAGUAUAAACAGGCAGUUCUCAUUGCUGGAGGAACUGGUCAAGAAGAUCCCCGAAGCCCUGCCCGAGAUGAAAACGGCACUCCGCGACGCCUUACUGGACAUGUCCGUCGCCUACACCAUGCGGAGUGAAGAUAAGGGGGAGCCGAUGGACACGUCCGAGGGGGCCGGCACUUCGCAGGGCGCGAUGGAGGUCGACGGAGCGACGGAGGUCAAGAAAUCGCGUCCCAAUCCGUUCGACGAGCCGCAGGCUCUGGCCCUGUUCGCACUCUUGGACCAUUACAUGCACAGCGACGACUCGAUGAUACGGUACAUCGCAAUGCGCUAUUCGUCCGUCGUGUUCCCUCAGGACUACAUGCCGUCCCGCUACCUUUUACUUCUCGCUAGCGGUGACAGCCAGGACGACAUAGUGACGGAGGCGCAGAGGUGCCUGUACGGGACGUCGCGGCCCAGCGAGAUCGAGGACGUGGUGAACAACGUGCAGAAGAGGGAGACGGCCGCUGUGGACUUGGGCGAGGGCGCGCCCAAGAGGGACAAGGACGGCGCGACCGAGGCGCAACUGAAGGCGCCCAACUUCGGGGACGUGGUGAACUACGUGUGGGAGCAGAUACAGAAGCGCAAGAAGGGCUCCAACUCGAAGCACAGAUACGUCAUCGGCAAUCAGGUGCUGCAGUUCCACCCGAGGACCUAUCAGGAGAUAUUAAGGUAUAUGAGAAUGUGCCUGAAUCGUGAUGCGGACUUGAAGGAUUGCUCGAACCACCCCAAUGCUACUUCGCCACUCCUCGCAACGUACAUCCGCGAGAAACUUCUAGACAGCGAGGUGCUGGAACGUUAUCUUACCAUGAUUACGACCCUUCUGAGCGCUUGUCCCGAGGUGAUGCCGCUGACCUGCUUGCUGGACAUAAUCGGCUGCGUGCCCGACGUGAUGGCGCCGAAGUACAGCGGGCUGCUGCCGUUCCUCGCCGGCCUGUUCGCCACCACCACGCGCGAGGAGGUGCGCCACAUCGCGGCCCAGGCCUUCGCCACCAUAACGGCCGCCACCGCCGAGAGGCCGACCGCGGAGGCCGAGCUGAGGGGCCUGGUGGCGCAGGCCCAGGGCAACCAACCCCUGGAGGCGAAGUGCGGCGCCGUGGCCGCCUUCAGCAACCUGUGCGAGCGCUGCAUCGCCCUGGCCAGGAGGGGCAGGUUCGGCGGGAAGGGGUUCAGGCCGGCCGAGUGGCAGCCCUACAGGGAGGCCGCCGUGUGCUUGGCGAACUACCUAGCGAGCCCGCAGACUCUGCUAGUGAGCGCUUCCGUCAGCGCUGUAUCGCUGCUGGUGCGCUGCAGCGCCCUCCCUCUGCCUGACUGCAGUGAGAGCCAAGCGGCGCUCCUCAAAGCGGACAACCCGUUCAGCAUAAACAAGAAGGACGCACCACCCCUCACGUCAGCCACAGACGAUGUAACGAAGUUCGCGGUAGCCGAGAGGCUGUUCCGCAUCGUAGGCAACCCUACUCUGCCCUCCAAGGUCAAAGAGAGGGCGCUGCAGUCGCUCGGGCUGAUGUGCUGCGGCGAGAGGCUGUCCUUCGCGAGGCAGAUAGUCAUGGGCUUCCUCCAGAUGGCCAAAGACAGCAAAGAAUUUGAAAUUCACUUGCAAAUCGGAGAAUCUCUGGUGCUGUGCGUGGAAGGGGUCAAUUCAAAUGAAAACCGGGACCUUUGGACCGAGUUGCCGAGAGAGGGUGAAGCAAAGAUAAGGGAUAGGGAGGCGCUGCAAGAAAACGAUAAAUUACUACAAUGGCUCCUAGAAGAGCUAUUCAAAAUUGGCAAACACCCACACCCGCACUCGAGACAGGCGACCAGUAUUUGGCUGCUGGCGCUGCUCAAGAACUGUCCGGAGAGGGAGCCGAUCAAGAAAAGUCUGCAGACCCUUCAGAACGUCUUCAUGGAUUACCUUUCGGAGAAUAGCGAUAUCGUUCAAGACGUUGCCAGCAAGGGGCUUAGUCUCGUGUAUCAGAAUUCAGACGAGGACAGCAGACAGGCGCUAGUGGGCGAGAUCGUAGACCAACUGACCAGCGGCAAGAGAUCCGUCUCCCAGGUCACUGAGGACACCAAGAUCUUCGAGGAGGGACAGCUCGGGAAGGCUCCCACUGGCGGGAAUCUAUCGACGUACAAGGAACUAUGUGCACUCGCCUCGGAUCUCAAUCAGCCCGACCUGUUGUACAAGUUUAUGCAUCUCGCGCACCACAACUCCGUGUGGAAUUCAAAAAAAGGCGCCGCGUACGGCUUCCACUCCAUCGCGGUGCAGGCCGGCGCGCAGCUCGCCCCGCAGCUGGGCCGCAUCGUGCCGCGCCUCUACCGCUACCGCUUCGACCCGACGCCGCGCAUCCAGCACUCGAUGGCGGCGAUAUGGCACGCGCUAGUGCCCAACACGCAGCUCACCGUUCACAAAUAUCACAAGGAGAUAUUGGACGACCUUGUCGCCAAUUUAACCUCAAACCAGUGGCGAGUUAGGAUGUCGUGUUGCAAUGCCUUGGCGGACCUAUUAAGGGGCGCGAAAAGCCUCCACGAUUCGCUGGAGCAGCUGCCGACGAUUUGGACGCAACUGUUCAGAGUUAUGGACGACGUGCACGAAGGCACCCGCCAAGCCGCCACCACGACUGCCAACGUCCUCUCGAAGCUGUGCAUCCACGCCUCUGAUGCGAACCAGGGUAAAGACGGCAAGCAAGUCGUAUCGGCGAUUCUGCCCGUACUCCUAGACAACGGAAUAACGAACCUCGUGAAAGAGGUCAGGAGUGUCAGCUUGCAGACGGUGUCGAAGCUGGUGACGGCGGGCGGCGGGCAGCUGGGCGGGUUCCUGCCGCGGCUGGUGCCCGCGCUGUUGUGCGCGGCCGGCGAGCUGGAGUCGGCCAAGCUGUCCUACCUCAGCACGGCGCUCGCCGACAACAGCUCCAGGGAGGUGCUGGACGAGCUGCGCGCCAACGCUGCCCGCCACCACUACACCACCGACACCGUCGUCAAGUGCAUGCCGCACAUGACCAUGGACGCGAUGAGGGAGAUGCUGCCGAGGGUCCUCGAGCUGAUCAAGUGCCCGCAGCUGGGCACGAAGGUGGCGUGCGCCCACUUCGUGGUGCUGAGCGCUCACUACCUGCGCGCGGAGCUGGAGCCGCUCGCCGGCAAGCUGAUGACGGGCCUGCUGGGCGGCGCCUUCGACAGGAACCCCACCGUCAGGAAGAACUACGCGGAGGCCCUCGGCCAGGUCUCGGCCUUCGCCAAGAGUCAAUCAAUUGAGAAGCUGAUGAAGAAAUUGAUAAAUCUGUACGAGACUAAGGAAGACGAGAUAUCUCGUUCGGCCAUCGCGUUGGUGCUAAAAGCCGUCGCCAAAGCUAAAAUAGACCACAUAAAAGACAACGAGGAGAUCCUCGCGCCGUUGGUUUUCUUAGCCAUGCAUGCACCGAAAGACGAAGGGGAGUCGAGCACAGUGGAGAUAUUCGAGGAGCUGUGGACGGACAUGAGCCCGGCGCGGGCCAGCGGUUUGCGUCGCCACCUGCCGGCCCUCUGCGCACGCGCCGCCCGCGAGUUGGACGCCUCUGCCUACGCGCGCAGGAUACAGGCCGCCAGCGCGAUCCGCACGAUGUGCGCCGAGCUGCCCGAGGGGCUGGGCGCGGAGCGGGCGCAGCUGGUGCGCUCGCUGCUGGGCGCCGUGCGCGGCACCACCUACGCGGGCAAACACCACCUGCUGCACGCGCUCGCCGACCUGUGCGAGGUGAAGGAGGGCGAGGCGCCGCUGGAGGCGUCGCUGGGCGGCGAGUGCGUGGCCGCGCUGCUCGGCGAGUGCCGCAAGCAGGAGCUGGGCCACAAGAGGCAGGCGCUGGCGGCCCUGGCCCGCGCCCUGCCCGCCCUCGACGCGGACGCCUUCCAACAAGUGUACGACAUCGUCAAGCUCAUCCUCUCCAAGGACGAGUUUGCAUCGAGCAAAUAUUCCGACGACGAGGACAACGAGGCGGUCCGCCAACGGCGCGAGCAGCUCACGGCGUUGAAGGAGGGCGCCUACGAGCUGCUGGGCAAGGCGUGGCCCAAGGAUCUGCAGACGGAAGAAAAGUACCGGGAGCUGUUCUUCGAGCACUGCGCGCAGUCGUACGCAACGUCGACGCGCCCGACUCAGCUCGCCAUCUUGACGUCCAUUGCGCGCGUCCUUCAGCAACUGGUGGUGUUAAGGAAUGCCGGCGAGCCAAUGGAGACGGACAACGCCGCCACGAACAGCAGGGCCAAGGCGAUAUCCGUCGUCACCGCGAACGUCGCGAAGGUCGUCGACUACACCCUCAAAAACAGCAACCAAGUGAGGCAUAGGAGAGACGCUCUCAAUAUUCUAGAGAUAUUAAUUAAACAGUUAAAAGAAUUAAAUAAAAUAGAAGAGCUCAAUACACUAAAGGUAAUCUACCAGAUGUACGCGCCAGACUUAGCAAAGGAAUCAUCACACGAACUAAGAACCAAAGUGGAAAGUAUUAAAUCUCAAUUUCAG